CAUUUAGUAUAAAUUGAACGUCACGUUUCUUUCGAACAUACUCAAAGCAACCUAGCUAUCUGUUCCACGUCCAUUUGGGAGGAAAUAAUCUGAUCUAAGAUGUCUGAAGCUGCGUUCUGUGAGAAAUGCCCAGGAGGCAAAUGUGGAUGUUCUGGAACGUGCUGCGAUGGAUCAAGUUGCUGCAGCUCUGACUGUCGCUGUCCCGGAUGUAAGGUCAAGUGCGCAUGUUUUGGUAAGACCAUGACUUGCCCCGAUGGCCUGUGUCAGCCUGGACCAGACUGCGCCUGUGGGGAGGGGUGUAAAUGUGGAGCUAAUUGCCCAUGUCCAAGCUGCAAGGGAGGAUGCCAGUGUGAAGGUGCCAAGUUCGUAUGUUCGGUAGAAUGUCAGACCGGAAAGUGCUGUGGGACUGAUUCCUGCAAGUGUGAUGGGAAAUGCGCAUGUCCAAAAUGUAGAUGCUCCUGUUCCGGGUCUUGCUCCUGUGGCAAUAAGUGCACCGGACCAUCAUCAUGUAAAUGUCAAGCUGGCUGCUCCUGCAAGAAAUGAAGCCUAGCUGGAGGACCUUCAUCCUUAACCAGAAUUUUUGUGUCGUCAUCAUUCCAACGUUUGGGACCAGUGUAAACUGUAUUAUUCUCAACUUCUCACUAGAACAUUUUGCAUAAUUUUGGUGUAACAGAUACAAUACCGUUAAAAAAAGUGUUUUAAAUAAAACAUUUGAGAUUAUACUGU